ACACUUGUCAGGGUUUUUCCCAUAACAGAUAUGGCACGAAAAGUGCAUCCAAAAUUUUCAAUGAACCCACAAGCCCCAGAUAAACCGGAAAAGAAGAAAAAAAAAACCUCCAGCGAAUUAAAACAAAUCCAUUAAUUCCAGAAUGGUUCGAAGCAGGGUACUGACUAAUUCGGUCAAGCAGGCUUCGAUGAGUGCCUAUCAGCAGUUGUGGCAGCAGCAGCAAUUCGCCCGCGGUCCAUUGGUUGCGGCAAUGCCAGAGUAUUGGCAUUCAGUGUGCAACAAAUUGGGUGGCGCCAUGCCGCGAAUGGCGGUGAUGGCUCCGCCGGAAGUCAGUAGCCGGAAGUUGAGUCGACUGCGGCGCCAGCUGAUGAGAUCGCCACGAGAAACCGCUCCGAUUCAGAGCUUCAUCCCCAACUACGGACUGCAAUUUCAAAGGGGCUAUGCCAAUGCCGGAAAUGGAUCCUGUCCAAGUGGAAGCGUUUCCAGGGCAGCUCUACUGUCGCCAGGUUGCAUCCUAGCCGCUUGUCAAAAUCAGUGCUACGAUGGUGUUCCAGCCGUAGGAGUUGCAUCCACGCCGCAGCAGCCACAUCUGCACCUGAAUCAAGGCAAUUUGUUCAAUUAUCCGGCUGCAGCUAGUGCGUCGCAAUGGCAACAGCAGCAGUAUCAAGUGCAGCAGCAGCACAAGCAAUUUCUGCUGCAGCAGCAACAGAAGACAGCACCAGUUGGUAUUUUGAAGAACUCCUCAAGAGCUGCAGCUGGCCAGCAGUUCAAAGGGGAUUAUCAUAUCAUCAGUCCGGCAAAAACCAAGAAAGUGACCAUCGGAAGCACUUGUGACACCGCUGCCACAUAUCAAAAACCCAUAGUGGAGCAAAUCAAACUUGGGCCCGACAUUCCACCGAAGCCAAAUAGGAAAACCAAACUGAUUACACUGAGAAAAGAGCGACAGCAGCUACAGCAAUUGCAGCUGCAACAUGAGCUACUCAAACAGCGGGAAUCCAUGCAGAAGCAAAAAGAGCAAGUGAAUCCAAAGGAUCUACAACAUGAAAAGAUUUCAUGGAAUCAGAAACAUUUGGAACCAAAUACAUGUGAGAGCUUCAAUUUUGGGAAAUUGGCAGAUCGUUUUAUCAAAGGUUUUAGCUGCGAUUCCGAUACCGAAACUCCCAUGUUUGCGGCAGCCAAUGCUGAAAUCAAGCCAAUUAAUCCAGGAAUUAACAAACAAUAUUCCAAAAACUUCUCUUAUGAGGGAGCAGAAGUCAAAACCAAACCGGAAAAGUUGGAGUUGUCCAACAGGGAGAGUAAGUCACCAUCGACAUGCUUGUUUGAUCGCAUUUCCAAACGAAUGGAGUUGGAAGACGACAGCAGCACAAUUACACUGACAACAGAGCAGAAGCCAUCAAAACCACCAUUUCAAAGUCGCACUUCUUUGACCGACAAAGCCACGAAUACUGGGCCUGAUCCACUGAAAAAGUAUCUAAAGCCCGGGCCCCAGAAAGCCACCUCGACCACCUCAGCAACUAGUAAAGGAUCGAGGAAGAUGAACAUCAACGAGCUGCUGCGACAGGAGAAAGUGAAGGGCCUGGAUGACAAUCCCAUGUGGCACUCGCUGAUGCAACUGGUGGCACACAUGUGCGAGGAAAAGGAGAAGGGCGACAGCGGGCAGAAGAGUCGUUUAAUGGCAGGAUCUGGACAGGAUGGUCUACGCAAGCAAUACUCCGUAUACCUAAUGGUUACCUCCGAUGAAGAAGACGACGACGACGACGACGAUACUACGUUCACCAAGGCAAAUGGCGAACAGAAGGGCAGUGCUCCAAAAAUGGGUAACCAUCAGGGGAUUCAUGGUGGAAACGAGUACGUCGAGCGGUGCAGCAAUGUCUACCAGGCUGAGCAUCCUGGGCUAGUUCGCCGUAAACGCUCCAGAAAGAGAUUGAAUCCCCGCCUGCGUGAUCUUUCCAUUCCGUAUCCCAGUACGCAGACGCAGUUGCCAAUGAGGAGACCACUGCACUGGCCCAAGCCAGAUUACUCCAAGCCACAAGGUCGUUCCAGUCGUACACGGAAUCCAUCACGUGCUCGAUCCCACUCCUCAAGCAAACCCAUUGUAGGCAAGCGAAGUCAGAGGUCCUUGAGAACUACGCUCGACGAGAAGCGAAGCUGGCGUUUGUGGCAGGAUCUUCCGAUGACCGCCAGAGCUCUGAAUAGAGCAUAUAGUCGCAUGCUGAACCUAUCAGGAGCUAAUCGAAACUCCACUGAGAUAUAGAACAUCUAAUGCUUGUUUUGUUAACUGACAGACCAAUCAUCAUCAGAUCAUCGACGAACACCAAAAGGUCAGCAUUGUUUCCCCUCAAAGUUAUGUGAUCACUUCGUUGAAGAACAAAGCUGAGCUUUUGUAUUCGUCUUUGAUCUGAGAUAUUUAUUCCUGCUAC